AAUUAAUCAGAAGACCACUUGAACUUCAUCCUCUCCUGCUUCCAUUGAAAACUAGCGUACCAACGAACACACAACAGCAAGCAAUACAUUACCUGACAGGAUAUAUUAGGAACAGCUGCCUAUAAAAAUAAACUACUGUUCACCAUGGUGAAUCUGGAUCGAGUCGAGAUGCUGCGAAGCGGUAACGAUGGUUCCGCCAAUGUUUCCGCUGCGACAGAGGAAGAGACAGCGACGGUGCCCAUGGCCAUCCAGAAGCACCAGCAAACCAUGGCGGUCCGGGAUCGUAUCAGCAUGAUGAGGGAUUCCAUGUCCCUCUCCUCCGACGGGGACGAAAACAGGGAAGAGGUCCGCGACACCGAAAACGCCAAGGAAGACUCCCGAGAGGGGGCAGAAGACAUCAUCCUCGAGGCCCGGGUCACCAACGAUGCCGAAGACAACGGCACCGAAGCGGUCGAAGCAGCAACGGCUCGGCUUCAGAUAGUCGAAAUCGAACCUGAGAUGGAAGAUGGCAUCGAAGUAGAGUACGACGGAAAUUUCGCCUACUGUCCUACCACCGAAUCCACACACGACGACGCCGAAACCGACACCGAAACGGAAACGGAAACGGAAACAGAAACGGAAACAGAAACAGAAAAGGAAAUCGAAAAUGAAAUCGAAAAUGAAAAUGAAAAUGAAAAUGAAAACGAAGUAGAGGCACAGUUUACCCAAGAGAUGAAAGAGACAGUAAAGGAUUCCUCUGCGGACGAGGCGGAGUUGGAGCCAACUGAAGAAACCCAAGAGGUCGGUGAAAGCUUUGAAGAGAAAGCCGAAGAUAUCAAAACCGACCCCAUCAUCCAGCUGGAAGAAUGUGCCGCGAUUUCCAACAGCGCCGAUGCGUCGGUAGUAGAAGACGAGAAAACAUCGCCCGAAGAGCCUAGUGAUACCGAUGCUAUCCCAUCGUUGCCACCAACCGAAGCCACCUGGUCAUUCGAUAGUACUUUGAAACGAAGAAAGACUUCGAAGAAAAAGACCAGAGUUGCCAAACCGAAUAUUUUCCCGGGAUUCGAGGAAGGAGACGAGACCGACGUUGCCCUUGAUGCAACGUGGUCGAAGAAAAAAGAGAAGGAUGCUAUCAAGAAUUCCGCAAGCGACGAAGCCGAAAAGCAGGAUGACAGUGCCGAUGCGGACGAGGAGAAGCCAACUGAAGAACAAGAUUCCAGCGAAUCGGAGGAACCCAAACGGGAGGAAUCAUCCCAGCCCGUGGAGGCCAACGAGAACAAGCACGUCUCGUCAGACCAGAUCCAAAAUGAACUGAGCAACGAAAGCCACGACGCUUCUCAAACCGUUGAAUUCGACGCCAUACUAGAGAGCGUGGCCGAACAAAUCGAGAGCAGCGAUUGGGACAGGUUCACUGCCACCAUCUUUGCCCGACCAUCCCUGGCUACACUCUCUUCCGUGGACUUCUUCCCCUCGGAAUGCUCGGGCUUCCUUGGGGUUGGUGCGAGUGAAAACUUGCUUCUCCACGAAGUCUGCAAGAACGAGCCUACCCUCGAAGCCGUCAAGACUCUCAUCGAGGUACACGAAGCGGCCGUUAAAGUCGCUGGCCAAUGGGGUUAUCUACCCAUCCACUGUGCAUGUGCUUCCGGAGCAUCCGACGACGUGAUUUUGGCACUUUUGGAGGCAUAUCCCGAGUCAAUUCAGUCUUUUGGUGACGACAACAUGUUCCCAUUGCACCUUGCUUGCAAGAAAGAAGCGUCGGCGAGUAUCAUCAAACAAUUGGUAACAGCACAUCCACCUGCAUGCGUCGCCAAGGAUGUCUAUGAUAAAACACCCAUGGACUACGUUCUGGCCCAAGCGAAGGGAUCCCAACGAGCAGAAAAGCUAGAAGUUCUCGGGCGUUACAUUCAAUCGAUGCAUAUUUCGAGCACGGCACUCGAAAAAUCGCUUCGAGAGAGCGAGGAGAAAUGCACCUCCAUCCGAAAGGAAUUGGGAGGAAGACACGAAAGAAUUUCUUCUCUCGAAACCGAGCUGAAAGACCUUCAGAAGAAAUCGGUUUCUCUCGAAGGAUGGUUGAAAGAGAAAGAAGAGUCGAAGACACAACUCCACAUUCAGCUGAAAGUGAGCGGAGAGAAAAUAAUUGAACUCGAGCAAGAGAUCGGAGCGGAACGUGCGAAAGCAUCUGUUUUUGGCGAGAACCUGAAAAAGGAGCUCAAUAAAUCAUGCCGUCUCGAGGGUGAACUCAGAGAUGAGCGAAAGAAGUCCUCGACCCUCGAAAAACAGUUGAAAAAGAACUGCGAUGAAUGGAGUGUGCUUGCGAAAGAUAUGGAGGAGGAGUUCAAGAAAUCUGCCGAAGAAUUGAAAAAGGAAAGACAAAGGAUAGAAGAGCUAGAGAAAAAACUUUUCGAUGAACAAGAAAAAUGCUCAAUUCUUGAUGCACAAUUGAGAAGUCAAUGCGACAAGUCCUCUUCUCUUGGUUCAAACUUAGAUAGUGAGCGUCAACGAACGGCUGCUGUUGAAGCAAAAUUUGAAGCGACAAAGUUGAGGUGGCUAAUCAAAAAACAAAAGACUUACGAAAAGGCUGAUUCAUUCCUUGCAGAGGCUCAGAAGUUGCUCGAUCAAGCUGAAUACACCGCAAUGGCUGAGAAAGAACGGUGGGUAACACAACGUAAUAGUAUAUACGAAAAGAAUGCCACUCAAUUGGCCGAGGCGUAUAAAGCGAUCGGCGAGAUCAAAAAUGAGUUAAAUGAAAAACAUGCGAAGAUUCUAGAGGAGAAAGAAGAUGCCUGUAAGAAAACUGAAGCUAAACUUGUCGAUGCUUAUAAAACCAUUUCCGACAAAGAGAUUGACUUGAAAUUGGAGCAGAGUAAGUGGCUGUUCGAGCGACAGAAGAUCUUGGAGAAAAACGACCUGAAUCUAGCCGCAGCAUUCGGGUGCGUCCAUGAGAUGCAGAUUCAACUGGACGAAAAAACUAACCUGGUAAACGAGUCGGAAAAAUUGUUGGAAAGGAGCCGACAGCAAGUCGCAAAAGAGUGUGGCAAGUCGAAAGUUUUGAUCAGACAACUGGAGCUGACCAAGGCAGUCAAUAGCGAGAAAAUCAAGGGGCUAGGCGACGAGUUGAAUGCGCAAAAAAGUUUCACCGACUCCCAAUCGAAACAGAUCGAAGCGCUCGAGGCCUCGAUGGAACUUAAGUUGUCAAGUUCAGGUGACCAUGAGGAGGCCCAAUACCAGCGACUGAUGUACGAGAAAUCUCUAACCGAUGAGAUCAAGGACAGAAUCAAUGAGAAGAAGACGUUGAUGAAGGAAAACCAGGAAAUGAUCCAUGUACUUGCGAAAAGUAAUGAGAUGAAAGAAAAACUCUUGGAAGCGCAGCAAAAGAAGGUUGAGGCUCUCGACAAUGCUCGAAGAGAAAAAGAGAAUCAAUUGAAGCUGAAUCAACAGGCCGUAAAAGAGUUGGAAGAGAGUAUUGCAAGGAAGAAAGCUUUGGAAAGAGAGGAAGUUGAGCGAACAACAAAGCUAGCAGGCACACGAGCAUCGAGUAGAGCUGCCAUUGAAAUUGAAGAGGAACAAAUAAAGGAACUCGACUUCACAAUCGCUCGCAAGCAAGCUCUGAUUGAGUUGGAAAAGAUGAAGGAGAAAACCCUCCAACAAACUAUUGCGAAGAAACAAGAAUUGAUUGAUACUGAGGUGAAGCGAAUUAAGGAACUUGAAGCGAUAGUUGCAGAAAAACAGAUUCACUUAACAUUGGAAAGAAGUGCGAUACAAUCCCUGAAAACAGCUAAGGCUGAAAAACGCGAACUACUCGUGGCGGAGAGAAAUGUGACGAUCGAACUUCAAAAGGUUCGCGAAGAGAACGAAAAAAUUCUCAAUUCGAAGCUAAAAGCGCAGGAAUUAAUAAAAUCUGACGUCGAAGUGCGUGAGGCUCUACUUGCUUCGAAACAAGCGGUAAUCGAUAGCGUGAAAGCUGCCCAGGUCAGAUUGGAUGAAGAGAUCAAAAAUCAGGAAGAUGCCGCAGCUGCAUUGGAAAAGCAAAUCACAAAGAAGAAAACUUUGAUUACGAAGGAAGAAUAUGUCGAAAAGUGCCUCAAGCAGUUUGUCUUACGCAAGAAUGAGAUCAUGCCAAACGGGCCGACAUCAUAUUUUGUUAGUGCUAUUUUUGGAGCGCAAUUCAGUGCUAACUUUGGCAUGCAAUCAAUUCUCAAGGAGACUCACCUUGUUUCGAAUUACAUCAAGACACAAAUCAGAGAACAAUCUGAGGCUGUUCGUGAACGUCGAAAUAAUGUUUUGGCUCUUGUACCUUCAGUCUCUGUUCCUAGCAUUUCUUUGUCCUCUGUUCCGAGUCUUUCGUCAGUCGCAACCGGGCCACGUUCGUUGAUGGCCCGCCUUCGCAGUUUUGGUAUCAAGUUGAACAUCAAUCUAGACAAGUGAGAGGCCAGAGACAUACCAUGAGAAAAAUGAACCACUGAAUCUAGUUUACAUUCAUCGUCAAGAACGGAAAACAUAAGCAGGCGCAUCCGUGUAGUGACUGUUGUAGACGAAAGUAGCAGUAUAUGUUGAAAAGUAAAGUUGUGUUUUCAUUAAAAUAAUAUCAUUUAU